CCGCUGCGUGGCUGAGUAACAUGAUCCACGCAGAGCCAGGCUGACCAAAUCCAAUAUGGUGGCCAGCUUGGCAGGUCAACGGUUCCUGUUGAUGAUAUUGUUGUUCUGCGGGAUCAGAUACGGCACCUGCAGCCAAGAAGCUCCGCGCGUUCUGGGGCUACGACUGGAAGACCCGGUGGGUCUGGUGUGCAUGAAGAAUCGGAUCAUCUCGGCCCCAGAAGGAGCCACGUUCACACUCCGUCUCUUCGGGACUAAUCUGACUGGAAAUGGAAGCUGGCCGUUGGUGGCGUUCGCAGAGGCUACUGGCGUCGCGGCAGAGGCGGUUGGUGAUGCAGCCGACCCGUGCAAAGAGGAGUCCAACCGUCAGGAUUCCGCGUUCCAGGUGACGAAGGAGUUCAUCCCGGAUGAGGAGUACAGUGGGCUGCUAACGGUCGAGGUUAAACGAAGGAGCAUCUCUGCGGGAGCAGCUGGCAGCGAACAGAGCUUCCACCACCUGUGUGUGUGGAACGGAGAGCAGUGGGCAUCUGUGGGGCCCGACAGACUGCGGAUAAGCACCGACAGUGAUCUGGGCGCAGACUACAUCCCACCGUGGGGUCUGGCUGUCCUGAUAGUGCUUCUGCUGCUGGUCUGCGGGCUGCUGAGGACCGUAAACUUGAGCCUGCUGUGGCUGGACCCUGUGGAGCUUUACGUUCUCCACAGCUGUGGAUCCGAGGAGGAGAAACGAGCCGCCAAGCGCCUCGAGCCAAUCAGGAGGAGGGGGAACUUCCUGACGUGUUCGCUGCUGUUCCUCUGCGUGCUGGGACACUCGGUCCUGGGUGUGCUCCUGUACCGGGCACUGGGCUCCAUCGUCUCCGCGGUGUUCACCAGCGGCUUCCUCAUCUUCUUCCUCGCUGAGCUGGCUCCUCACAUCCUGUGCUCCGGUUAUGGCUUCCAGCUGGCGCCCGGGCUCACCUGGCUGGCCCAGGUUUGCAUGGUGUUGACUUGUCCCCUGUCUUGCCCUCUGGGACUGAUCCUGGACCUGGGUCUGAGGAGGGACAUCAGCACCUGCGGGAUUAGGGAGAGGGCCAUGGAGAUGAUCCGCACCAGUGUGAAUGACCCGUACAGUGAGUUUGUGAAGGAGGAGUUCAGCCGCGGGGCGCUUCGCUCGAAGACGGUGGUGGACAUCCUGACUCCCCUGAAGGACUGCUUCAUGCUGCCCAGCUCGGCCGUCCUCGACUUCUCCACCAUGUCGGAGAUCAUGCAGAGCGGGUACACCCGGGUGCCGAUCUACGAGGAGGAGAGGUCUAAUAUUGUGGAAAUCCUAUAUGUGAAAGAUCUGGCGUUGGUGGACCCAGAUGAUUGCACCCCGAUGACGACCAUCACCAAGUUCUACAACCACCCGCUGCACUUUGUCUUCAACGACACAAAACUGGACGCCAUGCUGGAGGAGUUCAAGAAAGGUAACUCUCACAUGGCCAUCGUUCAGAAGGUGAACAACGAGGGGGAGGGGGAUCCUUUCUACGAGGUGCUGGGAUUGGUCACCUUAGAGGACGUCAUCGAGGAGAUCAUCAAGUCGGAGAUCCUGGAUGAGUCCGACGGCUACUUGGACAGGAAGGUGAAGCGUCCCCUCACAUCGCUGGAGAUCCCCCUGCAGCCUUCUAGCGCCCAUGAGGAGUUUUCUCUUUUCAAGCCACCAGAGGGAGAAUCCAAGAUCCACACCUCCCCACAGCUGCUGCUGGCCACGCACCGCUUCCUGUCCAGAGAAGUGGAGCUCUUCAGCCCGACAAGAGUGUCAGAGAGGGUCUUGUUCCACCUGCUCCGCCACCCCAGCGUUAACCAGGAGGUGCACUUCGAUCACAACAACCGGCUGAGCCCCAGCCAUUACCUGUACACCCGCAACCAUCCGGUGGACUACUUCAUCCUGCUGCUGCAGGGGCGCGUGGAGGUGGAAAUCGGCAAAGAGGGGCUGAAGUUUGAAAAUGGAGCGUUUACAUACUACGGCGUGUCUGCGUUGACGCUGCCAUCUUCAGUGCACCAGUCUCCCGUGUCAACCCAGCGGCACUCCCCCAGGGAUCCGUUUGAGUCAGCAGAAGCCACCACCCCGUCCAGCUAUUGUCCUGACUACACCGUCCGAGCUCUUACUGACCUGCAGCUUAUACGGGUGACACGUCUGCAGUAUCUAAAUGCUCUGAGGGCGUCACGUGUUGGCCAGAGUCCAGAUCCUCCAGAGAUCAAGAUCCUGCCCAACAGUCAGACAAAGCUGCUCAACGAGAGAAACACCACACAAGGUGGCAGCCAAUCCCAGGAGAGCUCCACAGAAGAGGAGGCUCAUGUGUAGUGCAGACCUGUCCAUUAAAAAAAACAAAACAAAACAAAAACAGGAUCAAACCCCAGGUUUUUUUUUUAAUUAUUAUUAUUACUGAUAAAUCAUCUAUGGCUGGAAUUGAGUUAUUGGAACAGACGGGAGUGAGAGUGAUUUUAUUUAAGUAGACUCACACUUCUCAUGUCCACCCACAUUCCUUCAUGUGAUUUCCAUUCAAGCAUUAUUUUAUAUGUCUAUGUAAAUAUGUCUUUAUAAAUAUUGUGAUACAGUGACAAGAGAAGCUACGUGAACCUUUUGGAAUAAAUGUGUUUUCUGCUUUAAAUGGGAUCAAAUCUUCAACAAACUGAUUUAACUGAUAAAUACGUUGUAGGAUUUCAUGUUGAAUAUUAAAUAUUCACAGCGCUGUUGGAAAAGUAAGUGAACCCCAAAUUUAAUAAUGGGUGAAACUACAUUAAAAAGCAGUAACCUUCAACUGAACUGUCAUCAAUCCCAGUAAAUUAUUUUAAUUCCCUCAUAUCUAUAAAAACAUGUGCAACAUUUACGGUUAUUUUUAUGUUGUUCUGUGAUUUUCCAAAUUUUAAAUGGCUUAAAAAUAAUUUAUUAUGGUUAAAUUAUGUUAAAAGUUGUUUUUAGUUUUUACCUCCAGCACAUUUUUAGGGCAGUUUGUGCUUCUCCUCUGAUACUGGGACUUCUAGUUCUUUAUUAGCAAGAGCUGAUUAAUGAGUGCAGAAUCCAGCCAACUUCUUCUGUUUCAUAUUGGGGUUCAUUUACUUUCACAACAGACUUAUUUUGUGUAAUGUUAGUUUAAAUCUGUUAUUAGUGAGAUUUUUAAAGCAGAUGACUCCAGAGGGUUCACCUACCGUCGGAUUUAAACUUGGCUGGACUUUUCUUCCAGGUUUAACUCUAAACACCAAACUUGCUGCAUUUCCAUUUUUCUCUGUUUAUCUGUCUGAGUGCCAAAGUUACAUUUGAUUGUGUGUGUGUGUGUUGUCUCUGUCUGCUGUACCGAAGCAACCCGUCCAUUUUCAGGCUAAAAUGCUCAAGUUGGCCUAAAAAAAUGAACAAACACAAUGAAUUUUGACACUGUGGAAGUAUGAAGCUGUUUGGGCUGUGAGGUGUGUCCACUUUAAUACCGUCAUGUGGCAAAGCUGUUUUACAUAGGUGUAGACAGGUGAUUGGUGGUUUAUGCCCUUUAUUUAAAUAUGAGGGUCAAGCUUUCUAACUGAGACGUCUGCACUCAUCUGUUUGCAAAAAUGGGAUUUGUUCUGGAAGCUGGACUGAUUUGCUUGAGUUUGGGGUAAUUAAAGACUUUUGGUCUUACUAGCCUUUUGGGAGAACUACCAGACUCCCAGCAGGACAAACAUGACUGGCCUUUGCAUCCUGCAGGGAACCACUGUGGUCCACAGUAUUCUGGGCAUUUUCUCAAGAAGUUGGUUUCCAACCAAAGACUUUGGUUUCCCAAUGAGAACCAGCUGCAUGUUGGGCCUGAACUGAAAAUGGAAUUAUGUCAGCCAGCGUCCCUGACCCCACUGAAAAACUGGUGCCUGUUAACUACAGGUUCAUCUGCUGGUUCCUGAAGAGCAUUUUUUUUGUUAAGUGGUUGACAUUAUUUAAAGGAGAUGGCCAUCAGACUCCAUUGUGAGCAGUCUAAAGUGACCCACAUGCACAGAAGAACCCAUAACGUCACGCGCAGCACGCUGUGUUUAUGUGUUCUGCUUCCUCCGGUGAAGAAGAGCAACGUUUGUCUCAGUGUAGUGACCUAAAAGUCACAUAAACCAGUGAAAGGUUUGGACAUGCUUAUUGGAUUUAAUGAGAAUGUGUGUCUGAUUCAUAUAAAAAAUGCAUUUUGCUGCUCAGACUGUCUAUAAAAGGGGUCACGUAGGAGCAAAUAUGUCCACUCUGGGCCACGUUUGCCUGCAGUGUGAAUUUCACUGUAGAUGUUGAUCAAUUUAAUUAUAAAGCACUUUAACAACAGCUACAGCUGAACAAAGUGCUGUACAUCUAAGGCAGAUAGUAGCAUAAAAUUAUUAAAAUGAAUAGAUUAUAAUAAAAGUAGUAAAAUAGAAAUUUUCCGUAUAAGUAUUCAAACCAGUUUGUCAGCCAGGUUUGUCAGCCAGUUUUGUCAGCCAGUUUUUGUGGACAAAUGAUGAGUAAUGAUGACCUUUCUGCUUCUCACAUAACACAGUCAGCUAAUCGUGAUCCAAAAGUUUCUCUGUUUAUUUUAUUUUAAAACCUAAACCAUUUAUCCUAAAAUGUUCUAGUUUUUCUUACAUAUGGUCACAUUUCUAGCCAAAGCUUCAGAGUUGGUGUGGAAAUAUGAGACAUAAAGUAACUAAUUUUGAAAGUAUAACAUGUAAAGGACUUCUUAGGCUAUAAAAAAUAUUAAAGUUUUGUUUAACAAUUGAAAACCUAAAAAGAAAACAUGUAGUUCCUCAACAUAUUUAGGUCCAGCAGAGGGCGCUAUAAACCUGCAGCCUGCACUAGCACCAUCGUUUAAAACCUGUACCUGGAUUAGGGACCAGUGACAGAAGGAUGGAUUUGAUCAGAUGUAGCUUCAGCUGUCUUGUCAGACAUUCAUACGUUUGUGGAAGAAGAUUCAGUCAGAAACCUAAAAGCACCUUUUUCAUCUUUCUGUCGUCCCACAUGCUGGAGUUGUAUUAACUUCACGUUUGUCCAUAAAUGUGUUUGUUGGUACAACAGCUAAGCAUCCAGUCGUCUCUCCAUGCUGCAUGUUAAUAGUCUAACAUGCAUUUUAAGCAUCAGUCAGUCAUUGCAUGUAUGUAAACAUGGUCUAUAAAUAGCCCGUUGCUUCAUAGUAAUAUAUUAAUAAGAUUAUUGCAAUUAUAAGAAUAAUUUGGGGUUAUUUCAUGUCUAUCGCGAUGAGGUAAACACAGCUGGUCUGUGGGCUGACAGAGUUAUGGGUCAGUAAAAUCUCUCAUUCUGUUCAUACUAGUUUGAACUGAGUCCUCUGUGUGACCGUAAUGUAGAAAAAAAGUUCAAAACUUCACCAUCAGUGUGAAAAUAUAAAGAAAAAAUGUCAUUUAAACCAAGCACACUUUAAGGAUAAUCUUUUGUUUUUACAUAGAAAAGCUUUGAAGAGAGUCGAAAAGAAGCGUGAAAGAUAUCACACACUCCUCACGUGGACCAUCAGAUGGUCAGAUUGGGUUUCAGACUGCUCCCCUCCAGUAUCUGAUGGAUGAAUUCUCCAGCUUAUGUGAUGUAUUUUUUAAUUAUUUGUGUAAUUUUUUAAAUACAUCAACCAGAUGCAAAUCAGUGUCUAAUUGGAAAGACAACCAUGGUGGAUAGAGCGGGAAGGAAGACGUUCGAACAGCUAUGAAGAGUUCUUCCAGUCAUCUGUCAUGUGAUUUUUACUAAACCCAUUUCCAUUAAAUGUCACACCUGCAUUUAUUUACCUGUCCACUUCUUAUCAAUUACUUUUUAGGAAACUUCCAUCCAGCUGUUUUCAUGCCAGAAAACCCAGAAGAACAGCUGGAUGGAAACUGAUGAAAAUGUGAGGAAAAGUGGAAUAAAGAUAAAAACCGUGGGCACAUUUUCAUCACAGGACCAACUAAAUGAGCAUAAGCUGCAUGUUUUUGGCCGUCAUAUGUCCGAAUGAAUUCUGGUGUGGAUUCUACUCGUCAUGUCUGAGCGAUAGAUGACCCUCUUAGUCAGAAUGACAAGAGAUUCCAGUAUUUUACUAAAGUAGCCCUGAACAAUCCCAGCCUGAUCUGUACAGGAUACUUUUUUUUAAAAAACUGACUAUAUUUCCCAGAAAUGGUGUCCAUCAUGACUUUAUGGGUCAUAUUAACAUUACUGCUGACCCAUGAAGCCAGAGCGGCUUCAUUAGGAGGAAAUGUGACUGGAAUAAAGUGAACGAUCCUUUCAUCAGCAGCAUGGUUGUUUCAUAACGUGCUCUGCAUCAGCUGCAGCGUCUGUCUCUGUAUUAAUACUCCAGAUGUCUUUGAUUCGGUCAGUGUUACCACAUGUUGCCAUAUUCCAGAUGUUUUUUGACUGUGAUUUUUCAGUAAAUAUUUUUUAGCUGUUAAUUUUUUUUUGUAAGUUCACUUCUAUGGCAUUGAAAGACUGAAUGUAAAUGAUAAUCACUGAUGAGAGAACUGUUUGAUUGUGAGAGUGGUGUAGAGAAACUGUGUAUUAAUAUAUGACAGCUUAGGUGGAAUAUAACUCCAGGGUGUAGUUUAUAGGUAAUCCGUGUAAUUUUUCAGGUACAGCACUGUUACUACGAGAGUUAUUGAGAGUUGAAUCAGUUGCUCUUGCUGUCCAGGUUACAUUUGUACAUAACUUCUGUUUUAUUUAGUUCUUUUUGAGAAUGCUGUAGGAUUUGGGUGCAUUGAAACUCCACUGCAUUUAACACUUUCAAUAAUUUCUUAGGAAUUAAACUCAAUCUAAUUCUGAA